AUGAAGUUUGUCAGCCUGAUUGUGAUGAUGUCACUACUUGGGACAAAAAUGGCUUUGACAUUCCACAGAAGGACUGGUGGCGAUGAUGCUCCAGUGUAUCUCCAGGAGGAGACUGCAGCGUGUGACAUGCCCAGAGCCUGUGACCUGAAGAAUUAUGAAGACUGGUACAGGCUGGGCUCCUACUGCAUCAAGUACUACAAGGAUGCACUCAACUUCACCGAAGCGGAGACACAGUGCAGGUCUGCUGCCCCCGGUGGCCACCUGGUGUCGGUGCAUAACAGUCAAGCCAACGCCAACCUGCUUUGCGUGGUGAUGAAGAACAACGCCAAAAGCCCUCGCAUCUGGCUGGGAGGCUUCGAACUCUUCCAGUCUGGUAAGUUUGUGUGGACUGACGGCUCCAGCUGGAACUUUGAGGCGUGGACCCCCGGGGAGCCCAUCUCCCGCUGGACGAGCCGCGAGGACUGUGUGGAGAUGAACUGGAGCAGAAUUGGGAAAUGGAACGACCACACGUGUUUCACCAAGAAGAGCUACGUGUGCUCCUUCAAGAACAGAGUUUGA